AUGUUCCCCAAAGUUCAUGCAUUACUCAAGUUCAAGUUUCUGGUCUCUGCCUCGAGCCGCGGUUUUACGAUUCCAAACUCUGCUUUUCGGAUCACUGCCACCUAUUCGACAAUAUGCCAGAACCAAGUUGAAAGCCUGAGGGAGGAAGCUGUAGAGCAUCCGACAGACUCCGUUGAGAUUUUCAGGAAAUGGGGUUGCGGUGAAGAUGAUUUGUCGAAUAUCUUUUCGCGCAAACCCUCUUUGCGCCGCGCUCAAGUCACUCCCCUCUUAUCCAAAUUCAACUUGCUGAGCAGCUUGGGACUUACCGGUUCAGACAUUGUCAAGAUAAUCAAUUGUCGCCCUCGUUUUCUCUGUUCUCGUAUCAAUAACUGCUUCGAGGAGCGGAUCGAGUUUUUCAUUGGACUGUUUGGAUCGCGAGAAAUGCUGCGUAAAGCACUCAUUAGGAACCCUUCACUCUUGGUGUAUGAUUUCCACAAUAAGGUGAAACCAGUCAUUGCAUUGUAUGAAGAGUUCGGGAUUACUGGAAAUGACUUGAUUGCUAUGCUCAUCUCGCGUCCCACAUUGAUUUCAAGGACUUCUUUCAACGAGGAGAAGAUGGAAUUCAUAAAGAAAACAGAGGUUUCAAGAGGUUCCAAAAUGUACAAGUAUGUGGUUUCACUCGUCGGGAUAUCGCGGAUCGAGACGAUACGCGAGAAGCUGACGAACUUGGAGAAAUUUGGUUGUUCGGAGGAGGAGGUUUGGAGUCUCUUCGGACGUUCACCCUUCAUUCUCACACUCUCGGUCGAGAAAGUUCAGAGGAACAUGACCUUUGUUUUGGGGAUGAUGAAGCUGUCUCCGAAAGUGGUGCUUCGGAAACCCUUUUUACUGUUCUGCAAUCUCGAAGCGGUGUUGAAACCGCGGGUCUUGUUGGCUCGGAAGAUAAAGGAGAUGGACCUUCACCCACAGGUUGACGGAUCAGUCAUGCUGACGGCGCUGAGGAUGAAAGAAGAUCGGUUCUUGAAUGUGUUUGUUAAGUGUCAUCCACAGGAGGUGGCCACCCAACUGUUGGAGUUCUACAGACAUGCCAAAGGUCUCAGGCCAUUGGCCGAAUCCUCCAAAAAGAUAAAGCGUACAGGAUUUCCAUUUUAA